AGAGAGCACGAAGCAAAAGGAAAAAAAUACUGCCUAAAGGUUUCAUCGACGAAGUCAAUGAUCCGAACGGAGUAUUCACGAGUCAAGGAGCACUGGACUUGGACAGCACGGUUGUGGGGAAGUUCUUGUUUGCUUCUGAGAACACCAAUACAAUGGAACUGACCGACACACCGACAGCGAGGAGAAUUAUGGCUAGCAUGGUUAUUUUGUAUCGUUGUAGAAUUAGCGCUAGUUACGUAGAUUGGACGCAUUCUUAGACUGAUUGAUUACCCGCAAGAAAUGGAGUGUUAUAAGAAUCAUGUUGAACUUAGUAGUGGAUGGACUCUCUAAGACGCAACUACAAAGCAACAAGCCUGUAGCUGGUGAUGUGAUUCAAGUGGCAUAUCAGAUCGGCGGCCCAGACAACGGAGUUUCACCGCAACGCUUUUCCGUAAACGACAAUAAUUGGCUGCUC